AUUGACCACAAUGUUGUGGUUUUCAUCAAUUGCUCAUUGAUAACUGCAGCUGCAAUUGUGGUUGCGGUUAAUCAAUUGCAUUUUGCAUAUGACACACAUUUUACAAUUAAUCAAACAAAAUAAGUGUGAAUUGCAAUAAAUGAAUAGUAUAUUUGAUGUUUUAAGCAUACAAGGAAAACAAACACGUUCCGGACAUCUGUACGAAGAGUUCUUAACUAACAAACAAUAAUUUUGGCGCUUAAAUUCGAUAAGCUGUUGUAUAUUACACUUUAAUAGGGUUAGUUUGUGUUGUAUUCUCCGGCUGUGCAUUAUAAAUCAUUUAAAAUAGGCUAUUACACUAAAUAACUAAUAUAUUUUGAUAAUUUAUUGAAUAAAAUUCAACAAAAUGGAAGACUGGGAGAAAAUUCGCAUGCAAAACAUGCAAGAUCUUCAAAAUCUUUUGGAUGAAGAGCUUGCAAAACCAGAGAUGCAGCAAGUUGCUUUGGAAAUGCAAAAAGUUGCUGCAAAAGAAAAGGAGCAUCGAGUAAUCAAGAAAAGAAACACCAAAGAUAAAACAUUUCAAUUCAAUGGUAAUGUCCCAUUAACAAGAAGAUCUUCAUCAAGGAUUGCCAACAAGAAACCGGAAUAUAAUUUAGAUGAUUUGAGUGAUGUAGAAACUGAAUCUGGUACUUUGCGGCGGAAUAAAUUCAUGAGAGAAACACACGAAUUGGAAAAUCUCGAUGAUGUCGUCUUUCGACCGAAAACUAAACGAAAAUUUGGCACACGCCGCAUUGCUGAAGUUCCCUACGUCGCUGCUGAAGACAUCACAGAAAAUUACAUCAAAAACAUCGCAUGGCGUGUGAUUUACAAAGAAUAUAGCGCUGACGGUACGAGUUGCCAUCAAUGCAGACAGAAAACAAAAGAUAGCAAAACCUACUGUCGCAGUGGACGAUGCACAGGCAUACGAGGUCAAUUCUGCGGUGUUUGUUUAAAAAAUCGCUAUGGAGAAGAAGCCGACGUUGCUCUGAGAGAUCCAAAAUGGGAAUGUCCACCAUGUCGAAAUCUCUGCAACUGUUCAAUCUGUAGAACACGACAAGGCAAGAUGCCUACAGGUAUCUUAGCUCCUGUGGCUCAAAAUCAAGGAUUCAAAAGCGUCGCCGACUUUCUGACACAUCUAAAAGUAGAUAACAAUGGAAAGAAUACUACAGAGAAGAAAAAACGCAUUAGGAACGUCGAAGGAAAUUUACUCGGGUUUGAUGACAGUGGAAACGCCGUCAUGACAACGAUGGAAGAAUAAAAGGUAAAAAAUUGUGUCUGUCCUUUGAUCAAUUUGUUUAUAAUCUCUUCCGAUGGAAAUAAUUUAAAAUCUCAAAGUGUUAUUCAUCAGCAUAAAAUGUAAUGUACGUUCUCUCAGCA